AUGUUCCCUCAUAUUUUUAAGGUCAGUUUCUUCCAGUCAGUGAAGUGGCAUGUCCUUCGUGUGGCACAACUUGCACUCCUGGGCUCGUUUCAACAAGAGGUUGAAUUUGGUAUAGAAAGUGGUCGUUGUAUUGCUGUUACAAUGAAAGGUACAGUUAGUCAAUCAGUAUUCCCAAUGUUAAAAAAGAUAUUUCAUAAUAGAAUGGUAAAUUUUUGAUAAAUUGGUAAAAUGGUCAUACAAGAAAGGUGUAAUUUGAUGCUUCUACAUGCCAUGUCAAUUUAGUGAGCCAUGCAUAUCAAUAGGACAAUCCAAGGUUAUUUAUUUAAAAAUACAAUACUAUCUAACAGAUUUAUUUGAUAACUUUGUUUUACUAUAGACCGCAAGUAUAUAUAAGCUAGUGUUGGUGUAUAAGGUCAGGGACCCAAGGUUAGAGUUAAGGAUAGAAUGGCUGAAAUAGGGUUAGGAAUCCACAUCAUAAGGUUCAGUAAAUAUAACGGGUUUGAAUGAAAUAUUAGCUGUAAACCAUUCAUGAUUUUAAAAACCAAGCAGCAUGUAUUUAGUUUGAGUUCAUCAUCAAAUGCUAACCAAUUCAGUUUUUAAACAAAGUAACAGUUCUCUCUUCUCAUAUUCUAGUGCCCAGAAUUACUCUCGCUGUUCUCUUUUGGAGUUCACGUAUGGUGUGAUUAUAUUUUGCUGAUAUCUGCUUAGACUCCUUGAUAUUUAGGUUGGUGUUUGUCUACAUCAAUAUCAAAAUCAAUCUCUUGCUUGUUUGGGUCCAGUGUUCUUGAUCUCUUGUUUAUCAGAAUUUCCUCAAAAUUCAAUCUGGGGUUGACUUUCAUCUGGCAAUUAGCGAUUUUUAUAGGUGAUGAUGAUUCGUAUCUGGUAUUGAAUUCAUCAUGUAACUCUGAAUCAAAGCAUACAGCCCUAUACGUACGUUUGCGAGUCUGUAAUUUCAUGUCGAAAUAACAGUUCUUCUUUUCACUUUCUUUAACAGAUGAUACGUUAUGCAGAUAACCAAUUGCCAAACCACCUGUUAAGAUAAAAGACAAGCACAAAUUAAACUAGGGUACCUACAAGGUACUAGGGAUUGCUGCGGGCAUUAAGAGCAAACAGAACUAAAAGAAAUCCGACUUUAAACUGUGACACAGUAUGUGGAAUUAUUUUCCAAAUGAUAAUAUUUUGUAACUUUAAUUAUGUAGAUCAUUUCUCGAGAUGCAGAGAUAAAUGAAAUACUAGUAGCGAAAACAGCAAGCAAAAGAACAUCAAGGAAUUAUUUCUAGGGAUGAAGCGAAAAGCGUCGACUGCAUCAUGAUGAAACAUCAGGAGUGGACUCGGACAUUGAUAUUUCUGAUGUUGAAAUGUAAUAAUCAUAUUUAUUUUAGCUAUUUUGACCCAAUUUUAGUUGUGUAACGAACAUUUGUACCAUAAAGUCCAUAAGUGAUUUAGAAAUUGAUUUUCAAAUGAACAAAUUGUAGAAUAUUGCAUGUGUUUUAGUAAAUUUUUGUCAAUGUAAUCAAAAUAAGUAAUAAAAGCAAGCAUCUUUUCCGUGUAGGUCCUAUGACUCCAGUACAUGUGAGGAAUAUGAUUCUGUAGAGCAAGAUGAAAGCAACUCUGACUAUGAUCCAGAUAGUGAUGUGGAAACUUGUUCAUGUAUUGGAUGUCAGACAGAAAAUUCUCGUCUUGAUGAAACAGGAAGUCUUGAUGGCGAUGACCUCUAUUCUGUGCAUGUGGAUGUCAAAAAGGCCGAUCCAUUAUGCAUUAAGCUGAAUGAUUUAAUAAGAGAAAAAAUCUGUACAGGUAUUUAAGUGAUGUUGUAGAAAUAAUGUACAACCCCUUCCAUGAGUAUGAUUAUGAGUUGGUAGAGUUUUUUAAUACCAUUACCUACCUCGGUGGAAGGCGCACAGCAAGUUUUUUUCAAUUUGAGGGCCGAUGAAUUUGGGAGAUGGUCGCCACAGCCACAUAAACAAAGAACUGGAUAAAAAGGUGAACCUUGGCAAACUCUCGGAAUCACUCAUCCUGAAAUCCCAGGCAGGAUACACUCCAGAUUCGAGUGUUAUUAAGCCACUAUCCUUAGCACACGUUGAACUUUUAAAGAACUCUGGAGCCAAACCUCUUAUUGAAACUACAAAUGUCGUUGUUAUACCAUGUGCAUUGGCAAAUGAUGGGACAGCACUGAAACCUACAAUUAAAUUUGAUGCAUGCAUUAACAAAAAUGUGGGCCUGGUAUUUCCAGUUGAUUUGGACUAUGUUAAGAAAAAUCCAACAUCAUCCCCUGACCACCUUAUUGUCACUGAGGCGAUUGUUUCAUCUUUGACAUAUUUAGAUAACUUUAGUUGUUCCUUGCCUAUUGCUGUUGACUACACAACAAAGUCUGGAAAGACUGGUCAGACCAUGUUGAGUUAUUUUGAAGAACAUGCCAAGAAAUAUUGGAAGAUCGACAUCAAAUUAAUUGUGCCAGUUUUUGCAAUGCAUUCUAUGAUUUGA